AUGAGUAAGAGUCUAAAGCCGGCUGAUCGAUACUCCCUAGUUGAGACCACACCUUUAGAAAUGAAAGGAGUCAAGGAUGGCGAAUUGGAUUGUCCAAAGAGAGGUGGGCCGCCUUGGAAAAUCGCAAAACUCAUGGUAUGUCAAAAUAGCAAAGAAGAGUCAAAAUGGAGCAAAAAGAGUCAAAUCACCAAGUUCCCAAGUCUAGAGCACCAAAUCUAUUUCUCGCUAAAGACCAAACCGGAGCAUCCGAAGUACGACCGCAUAUUCAUGCCUUCCCGACGUCCAAAAGUCAUGAUUCUUAUAUGGAAAGAUAGAUAUUUGAGUCAUGACCCGCGGCGAAGUGGAAAGAGGUCAUUUGGAUCACUCGUUGGACCGGAACUUAUUUUCUACCAAGACAUGUCCGACGAGCGCCUAAGUAGAGCCCAUGGAGACUUUGAUGGAUCAAGAGGCCCGAGAUACCGCGCCCAAGGCCUUGGCUCGUCUUGA